AUGCAUCCAAAAAAUAAUACAACCAAUUUUAUCACUGAUAGAACAACAAUUUCUAAGACUCCUUGUGUUAAUAAAACAAAUUAAAAUUGUAUUAUAAGUUUAUAUUAUUAGUACCAAUUUAUGACGAUUAUUAAUAUAAAACAGUAAUCCCUAAAUUAGAGCAAACAGAGAGAUUAUUUCAUUCUUAACUAUUUGAUCCUGCUGAAAGUCUUAAAUAAUAAAUAUAAGAAUUAAAGAGAUAAAUUAAAAUUAAGGAACUAAGUUAUGAUUAAAUUGCCUCUGCAUUUUAUUAAUCAUAGAAUAAAGUAGAAGAAUUAAAAGAAGCACUUGAAAUUUCAGAAAAGGAGAAGAAAUUCUUAUAAAAUUAAAUUGAAGAGUAAAAUCAAAAUAUUGAGUACAAAUAAUUCGACAUUAAAUAAUAACAAGAAAUUUAUACAUUAUUUUAGAAUGAAAAUACAUAAUUGAAGUUAGAAUCAGUUUAGGUAUGCAAAAUGAGUAAUUUAGUUAAAAGAUACAAUAUUAAGAUUAUAAUUUGAUAAUAAGCAACUGAAGGAUUAAUUAGAUUCCUUAUUAACAAAUUCAUAAAGUUGUGAAAGAAAGGGUAGUUCAAGAAUGUCAUUUGAUUAUUUAUUAAAUGAUUAAGAUUAAUCAUAAUUAGGUCAAGCACUAUCAGUAAAUGCAUCUGCAAAUUGUGAUAAACAUUGUAAUUGUGCUAAAAGACUAAUUAUAUUAUAAGGAGAACUAAAAAAGAGUCAAACCUAAUUAAAAGAGAAAGAUUAAUUAAUAGCAAAAUUAACAGAAUAAAAUUUAGGAAUGUAAAAGACUUAAAAUAGAUUAUCAAAAACUUAAAAAAAAUAAAAUCUAUUUGGAUCUCCAAUUAAAGAAUAAGAAAAAAGGGAACCUACUUAAAUUAAAGAGGAAUAAAAUGAUACAUUUCGUUAAUUAAAUGGAUAUAUGAGUGAUAAAAAUUUCAAAAAAGAUUGUAAUUAUGCAUAAGAUUCUUAAAUGCCUGUAAUUAAUUAAAAUUAUGUAGUUAAAAACAUCAUCAAGUGCUAGAUCAGUAUUAAUGAAUAAAUCUAAAAAAGAAGUUGAGUAGAUGUAUCGUAAAAUGAAUUAAUCUGCUCUAUUUACUGCUAGUUUAUUCUCAACUAUGUUAGAUUAUAAAAAUCUACAUUAUAACCCUGGUUAAUUCGGAAAUAAAUGUCUCAAUUAAAUAAAAUAAUUAUGA